AUGAAUGUAUGGAGGAUCCAAGUUUUUCUCUGGUUCCUGCUCUACAUCAAUUUUCUGCCAGUGUGUUGGGGAGCUCAGGGGAAGUACGCUAAGAAGCUGCUCACCGAUUUGUUUGCCAACUACACCAACGCACUGCGGCCUGUAGAGGACACGGACAACAUCAUGAACGUCACGCUGCAGAUCACUCUGUCGCAGAUCAUCGACAUGGAUGAGCGUAACCAGAUCCUCACCUCCUACCUGUGGAUCCGCCAGGUGUGGCUAGAUGCCUUCCUCACCUGGGACAAGAAUGACUAUGAUGGACUCGAUACCAUCCGCAUACCUAGUAGUUAUGUAUGGAAACCUGAUAUUGUCCUAUAUAACAAUGCCGACGACCAGUUCUCGGGCUCCAUGGAGACCAACGUGGUGAUCCGUCACGACGGGCAGAUCAUGUGGGACUCGCCGGCCAUCACCAAGAGCUCCUGCAAGGUGGACGUGUCCUUCUUCCCGUUCGACGCCCAGCAGUGCCGACUGACCUUCGGGUCCUGGACCCACAACGGGAACCAGAUGGACCUGCACAACGCCCUGGACAGCGCCGACCUCGCCGACUUCAUCGAGAACGUGGAGUGGGAGGUCCUAGGGAUGCCGGCCAAGAAGAACGUGAUCCUGUAUGGCUGCUGCUCGGAUCCGUACCCGGACAUCACCUACACCCUGCACCUGAAGAGGAAGGCCUCCUUCUACAUCUUCAACCUCCUCAUCCCCUGCAUGAUGAUCUCCUUCCUGGCCCCGCUGGGGUUCUACCUGCCGGCCGACUCCGGGGAGAAGGUGUCCCUGGGGGUCACCGUCCUGCUGGCCCUCACCGUCUUCCAGCUGCUGGUCGCCGAGAGCAUGCCGCCGUCGGAGAACGUCCCGCUCAUCGGGAAGUACUACAUCGCCACGAUGACCAUGAUAACCACGUCCACGGCGCUGACCAUCUUCAUCAUGAACAUCCACUACUGCGGCCCGGAGGCCAAGCCCGUCCCGGAGUGGGCCCGGAAGUUCAUCCUGCACUACCUGGCCCGCAUCUGCUUCGUCUACGAGGUGGGGGAGAACUGCAUGACCGUCCUGCCCGAGAAGGCCACGGAGACGCUGCCCUCGCAGAGGGGCGCAAACUGGGCCGCCAACGGGCAGGCCCACCGGGACGACCCGGGCCGGACGGAGGCCCCGCCGGCACCACCGGCACCGGCACCGGCGGGCAAGGAGGACGUGGAGCGCGACGCAGCGAGUCCCACGGGGAACAGCCCCGCCCAGUUCUGGAGGGAGGGGGUCUACGCCGGCUCGGACCAGGGGGUGGCAGGGGCUAGAGGGGGAGCGGUGGGAGGUGGAGCAGGGGGAGGGGGGAAGGGUCGAGAGGUCUGCAGAGCCCAGUGCUUCUGCCACCACCAGCAGCUGCUCAGGAACCUGGAGUACAUCGCCAACUGCUACCGUGACCAGCGCACCACGCAGAGGCGCACCGGCGAGUGGAGGAAGGUGGCCAAGGUCAUGGACCGCUUCUUCAUGUGGAUCUUCUUCAUCAUGGUCUUCCUCAUGAGCCUGCUCAUCAUGGGCAAAGCCAUCUGAGGCG